CAAAUAAAAAAAUAAAAAUGUAAAUCCUCAAUUUGUCGUUUCCCUCUCAAACGUGAUUGGAUUGUGCAGGCACCACUGAUAGGACAGCCAAUCAGCAAUCACCUUCAGUUUUCUGCCAAAGUCAACCGUCAGAUUAGAUGAGAGACGUUAUAACCAUGGACUAAACAAUGGAAGGAGCCGGAGCAGGUCCGUCCCAGGGAUUUGUAAACCCGUGGCCCCACCUCGCCAGCCUAUUCACAUUUUCCGAACAAGUCGGUGAUAGUUUUCGUUUUAAGUGUUUGCUAUGUUUACCGAAGCAGAAUUUCAUCACUGCCUACAAAAAUUCCACAUGCAACUUGCGGAAGCAUGUCAAGGUACGUACAGACAGGAUUACAAAAGUGUUUGAAUACAUGAGAGAUAUGUUACCCAAAGUCUUGUAUUUGCCUGACCUAAUAUUGCAGGACUUGUUAGAAAGACAGAAGCACCUAAAUACUUUGCUCUACCGGAAUCUACAGCGAGCUAGCAAGACCGCGCACACGAAACAGACGUGGUCCAAACCGCGUUAGCAUUUUUUUUUUUAAUACCGGGUUAAUCCUUCCAGGCUAUGUGGAGUGAGUUUGUCUGUCAUGCAUGUGUCUAAGUGUGUCAGUAAAUAAGGAAUAUAAUUUCUAAUACAAUGUUUGUAGGCAGCAGUCCUGUAAGUAGGGGUGUUAAGUCUAAGAUGGUGCCUUGUGUUAUAGUCAUGACGGGAUGCAUUUUGAGUGAACAUGUUCAGGAAAUAAGCAGGGAGGUUUUUGUUUAAGAACUUGUGGUAGAAUUUCAGGCACUGUAUUAUGUAGAUAUCAUCUAAUUUUAAUUGAUUUAACCGUAUGAAAAUUGGCUCAGUAUGCUCAUUAUAUUUGCUUUAGCAUUUGUGUAGCGCGCGCACGAGGGAGAGGGACCUAGAGACUGUGCGUGUGUGAGGCAGUGUGCAUGUGUGCCUCAGUAGCAUCCUGAUUAUAUGGAUAUCUGCGGGGCGAGGGCUUCAAUUACCUCUCUCUUUUUUGACUAUACAUGUGUUUGCAUCCCUGUUUGCUGAUCCCCGUAAAUUAAAGUUAGUUGCACCAGUAAAACCAAUUAAAAAGUUAGUCUGGAACCAUUGGAAAAUUAUGAACAACCAGCACUUCAUAAUUAAUAAUACUGCUAUGUAGACUAUAUGAUGGGAAUCUUUCCUAAUAUUUAUUAGUUUUAUAUAGUGUAAACUGAAAUAUUAUACUUUGUUUUACAGAGAAGGCAUGAGACACAUAUGGAGAAAUACUCCAAACUGACUUUAACAGCCUGCAAGAGGCCAUCGGAUGGUGGAACAGGCUUCAAGGGGAAGCAAAUUAAGCUGUUGGAGACCAAGCAGGUGUCUCAGAAUACGGUUGAUCAGGCUAUCCUCCGCUUCAUCGUUCAAGGUCUCCAGCCCUUCUCCCUGGUUGAGAAACCAUCCUUUCAAGACCUUAUUGUAGAAUUGCAACCGAGAAGUGCUGUCAUGUCCCGCACAACUGUGCGGCGUAAGAUUGAUUCAGCUACAUCUAAAAUGAAAGAAAGUCUCAAGAACGUAAUGAAAGAGGUACCAUACAUUGCCACCACUACUGAUUGUUGGACGGCCAGGAGAAGAAGCUUUAUAGGUGUAACAGCCCACUGGCUCGAUCCUUGCAGUUUUGAACGCCGUUCAGCUGCCCUUGCUUGCCGUCAACUAAGAGGCUCCCACACAUUCGAUGCCUUGGCAGCUGUUUUGACCGACAUUCAUGCCGAGUAUGAAAUAAGUCUAAAGGUUGUUAGAACUACAACAGACAACGGGUCGAAUUUCGUCAAAGCGUUCCGUGUCUUUGGUCAGCAGGACGAAAAUAACAAUGAAGAGUUAGUUGCAGAAGGCACAAUCGAAGAAGUAGGAGAAGAUUGUGAUGCAUCUGAUGGUGAAGAGGAGGUGGAACUCAUUGAUGUGGAAGCCAUUCUGGAGGAAGAUGAUGGGCUUCAGUAUCAGCUGCCGAAACAUCAUCGGUGUGCAUGUCAUUUACUAAAUGUAGUUUCCACAGUCGAUGUUGAUAAGGCUAAUACGACAGAAGCUUACAAGAAAUUGUCCAGAUCAGCCUUUUCUAAGUGUCAGGCACUCUGGAAUAAAGCAUCAAGGUCUCCUCAAAAUGCUGAGCUUAUAGAGGAACACUGUAAGCUUCACUUGGUACAGCCUAAUUCAACUCGAUGGAACUCGUCUUUCAUGGCCGUGGAACGUGUGGUCAGAAUCAUUAAAGACCAAGGACAGGGGUCUGUGAGAACGGUCUGUGCUGCACUUAAUGUUCCAAUGUACAGUCCGGCUGACAUAGCCUUUUUAGGGGAAUAUGUCACCACCAUGAGUCCAGUUGCGAAGUCCUUGAACAUACUACAAGGUGAAGUCAACAUUCAGAUGGGCUGGCUGCUCCCGACAAUCACCACCCUCACAACCAAGCUUGAAAAGUCCAGACCGUCACUCAGAUUUUGCAAGCCACUUGUUGAUGCUCUUCUUGAAGGUUUGAGGAAGCGGUUUGAGAGCAUGAUGUCAGAGCCAGAGCUAAUUGCAGCAGCCAUACUUGUUCCAAGGUUCAAAACCUCCUGGACCAGCAAUGACACAGUCCUACAGCUUGGCCUUAGUUACAUCAAGACACAUCUGCCAGAACAUGAUGAAGGUCUUCGGUCUCCUGAUACCACAGCAUCCUCUUCUGAAGAUGAUGACUUCUUCUCCAAUGUCAAGCCGACACAUUCCAAUGAGAUAAGUCAGCAACUUGAUGGAUACCUAGCCGCUACAGCUGAUGGAGUGAAUACACUGGCCCCCUAUCCAGCUGUGCGUAACCUCUCACUAAAGCUCAACACAGCCCUGCCAGCUUCAGCAGCGUGUGAAAGGCUUUUUAGCAUUGCCGGUUUGCUUUUCACCCCAAGAAGGGGAUCAAUUCAUUCACAGAAUUUUGAGAACCAACUUCUCCUCAAGUUGAACAAGGAGUUCAUGAAAUUUCACACACACACACACACACACACGCACACGCACACGCACACACACACACACAAAUAAUAAUACGAAUAAUUUGGAGGUGUGGAUGUUAGCCUUUCCACUUUUAAAGCAUACUAUGUCAUUGUGAAUUAUACUAGUGUUGUAAAUUAUUUGAUUUGAAUGACGGCAGUUUGCUUAAUUUUCAGCCUAAUUAGUUUUCAUACCAAUCAUUUAUAUAUUACUUUUCAUAUAUCAGUGUACAGUGUUAUAAAACUAUGCCCAUGCUGUUCUCAUAACUGAAAUCAUUUACUUAAUUACAUUGUUUUGGAAUUGUUUCUUGGGUAAGUAACAUAGUUAUUUUUCAGUGAGCAGUACUUGAGAGCUAUGUUGAAUGCAGUACUGUGCUGUAUAUCUUUGAUAUGUUGACACUGUAGAAUGAGUAGUCAUUGAGUCAUGAGUUGCUGUGUUUGAAAUGAGUGUCAUUCCCAUGUGGUGAGCCAAUUAUUGUGUCCGAUGAGAUAUAGUGCGAGUAGACACCACGCAUUAUCCUUUGUCACAACAUGUGAAGCCUUGUGUUACGCACUUGUUAGGCAAGUGAGAUGCUCAAUAAAGCGUAAAAAGAUAA